AUGGCUCCCAUCACAGAAGAGGUCGUCCACGGUCUUAAGGACAUGAUCGAGAAGCUUGAGACUCGUGUGCAGGAGUUGGAGGGCCGUCUCGGCGGUGAAUCCAAGCCCAAGUCUAUCGCGGAGCAGAUGCGCAUUGUCCUUAUGGGACCUCCCGGUGCUGGCAAGGGUACUCAGGCGCCUCGGCUUAAGGAGAAGUACUGCGUGUGCCACCUGGCUACCGGUGAUAUGCUGCGGUCCCAGGUCGCCAAGAAGACUGAGCUCGGAAAGGAGGCCAAGAAGAUCAUGGACCAAGGUGGUCUUGUCAGCGAUGAGAUUAUGGUCAACAUGAUUAAGAACGAGCUUGACACCAACACCGAGUGCAAGAAUGGAUUCAUUCUGGAUGGCUUCCCUCGUACCGUUGCUCAGGCCGAGCGUCUGGAUGACAUGCUUGAAGCUCGUAGGCAGAAGCUCCAGCAUGCUAUUGAGCUGCAGAUCGACGAUGCCCUCCUGGUCGCCAGAAUUACUGGACGUCUUGUCCACCCUGCCUCUGGACGGUCGUACCACAAGAUCUUCAACCCUCCCAAGAACGAUAUGAAGGAUGAUGUCACUGGCGAGCCUCUGAUUCAACGUUCCGAUGACAACGCCGAGACGCUGAAGAAGCGUCUUUCAACUUACCACGCCCAGACAGCCCCUGUCGUCGAAUACUACAAGAAGACCGGCAUCUGGCGAGGCAUUGACGCCAGCCAGGAGCCUGGCCAGGUGUGGAAGAGUUUGCUCGGUGUUUUCCAGAAGUAA